AUGGCUAUCAUGUCUGGUAUAGAGGGCGAGAUCGAAGUACGUGUGAAAAAGCAUCCAGGUAAAUAUUAUGACGAAUACGCCAAACUCAAACCUAGUGAAGGGUCUCCCAAUCCGCAUGAUGAAAUAUAUAUCAUGGCAGAGCCUAAAGCUACGUAUUAUGUCGAGAUCACCUUAAAGGAGGGGUUUGAUUUCGGCAAAUACGAUCUUAUUCAAGCCAAGAUGUGUAUGGACGGCAAGGAAGUUUCUUAUGCUGAAUUUAAGAUGCCUCUCCAUGGAAUCAAUAAAACAAAAACAGAAAAAGAUAUUGUCCAAACAAUUCGGUACGCCAAUGUAGAGAUUCAUGGAAGACCGCGAGGCUCAAAGUUUGUGUUUAGGAAUGUGGAGAUGGAGACAGAUAAAGAACAGUCCAAUGAUACUGGGGCUGUAGAUACACUUCCAAAAGGCAUUCCAGCUUUCCAAGUUGACGUUGUCUUCUUUGAGAGCUUUAUGGUCACAUUAUCUGACGACGAGUACAAAGAAAGUUUUUUUGAAAACGACAACAUUGCCAAAUACCCAGUAAUACUACACGUUUAUGAUUGGGACGCCCUCAAGAGAGAAGAGAGAAAGAUGGCAGUUGCGCACCUUCAGGAUUUGGGAAAGACUCAUUGGAAGGCCAUCAAGGGAAACGAAGUCGGGCAAAAUUUUGGAUCCAAAGUCAACCGACGUAAAACUCAUCUUGCAAAGAAUCUGCCUAGAGAAUGGCGUGCGUGGCAAAAAAUGUAUGGUACCGAGCAACGCGAACAUUCGAUAUUCUCCAGGUACUUCCAAAUCUAUGCAUACAGAGAAUAUGGCGCUAACAAAUAUUAUCAGGAACGAAGAAAAGCCCGUGAACGAGGCGAAAAAAACUUUCAGUACACAUCUAUGGGUGGCGAUGUCAUUUUAUUUAAUGGAGAAGAUGAAUCUGCUGAGUUAGGAGGGGUACCCGAGAAAGCUUCGCCUAAACAAAUACCUGCCGGACGAGAAGCACCAGCACCCUCAAACUCACCAUCUGACGGAAAUAGAUUAGGACUAGUAUGUGCUUUGCCAUACUCGUCACCGUAUCCAAUUAAAGACGUGGUGCAAAGCGUGGGAGAUGCAACUUCACUCAAUAUGAGACUACCUCUGACAAUUGAAUCGCCAGUAGUCAUCCCAGACGAUUCUGCUACAGAGUCUGCUCACUCCAAUAUUACUACACCGCACAGAAACAAGACAGUGAUUCCAGGAGUCGAAGUCAAGCUCGAAAGCAUUCGUGAUAGCUUGAUCAGCCAGAUUGAUAGACUCAAUUCCCAAGCGGCUGCUUCUCAAACUUCCGUUGCAUAUGUCAAGGCCGAACCCAUCGAUGUUAUCUCACUUGAUCCAGACGAUGAAGUUAUGUUUGUAUCCGAGACCAAAGUUUUCAAACUGUAA